GUAAAAAGGGAAUGACCUCUUAAGGCUGUUGUUGGGUGUUUCUAUGGACGUCAUUUGAUUGCUCCACGUUCGCAGAGAUUCUUCCAGUCGUUACUAAAACACUGAUGUCCGUUUUGUGAUUGCAGUCGAACGAUUUUAACAAGGACUUCGGAAUCAGAUAGCUCAGACGAUGGAGACCCAGCUGGUGGUGGAGCGGCUGACGGAGGCGGUGGAUGUUCUGAAGCAGGUGGAGUCCAACCUGCGCACCAGCAGUGAUGAGGUCUGGCACAAGAGACGGCCGGACGGGCGGAAGAUCCGAGUGCUGAUCCGAGCCUCCAUCAUCUCGCUGGGAGAGAUCGACACCGUGAAACAGGAGUUCUCUGCUGACGUCUGGCUCGCCGCCUGGUACAAGGAGCCGCUGCUCAAGGGGAAGAAGCACAGAGAGGAGGUGGACUGGGACGACCAGUGGGACCCCCGGAUCGUGCUGUUUAACGCCGUCUCCAUAGACAGUCACGUGAAGAAGCACCACCUGAUCCUGGAGGAGGGCGAUGACGUGCCCAUUGUGCAGCAGAGCAACCGCAUCAAGGCGACCUUCAAGGAGCCGAUGGAACUCUUCGACUUCCCCUUCGAUCAUCAGGAACUGACCAUCCAGCUGAUGUCCGACUGGCCCAUCGCACAGGUGGAGUUCGGCAAGAACAUGGGGAUCAAGGACACCAUCAGGAUAGACACAUUCACGGGCUCGCAUGAGUGGGAGCUGUACGGACACCUCCUGUGUAAGGCUCACAUCACCGGCCAGCACCAGUCCACGUCACACCAGAGGUACCCUCUCUACGACAUUACCGCGCAUGUGCAGAGGAAGAUGGGGUUCUACGUGUGGAACAUCGCGUUCAUCAUGUUCCUGAUCAUGGCGCUCUCCUUCACGGCGUUCUCGGUGCCGCCGGACGAGCCCGCCGACCGCCUGAGCGUCACCCUCACCCUCCUGCUCACGUCUGUAGCCUUCAAGUUCGUGGUGACCCAGAGUCUUCCAACCAUCUCUUACCUCACACUGCUGGACAAGUACGUGCUGUUGUGCAUGAUCUUCCAAUGCCUGAUGGCGGUACAGAACGCCCUGGCCUCCAUCAUGAGCAACGCCUGGCUGUUCGACGUCAUCUCCAUGGCCGUCCUGGCAGGCAUCGUCUUCUUCACUCACCUGGUCUUCGGGGUUCUUAUGUUCAUAAAGAUACGAGGCACGAACAAGAGGCUAGGACAGGCAGACAAGGAGUACCUGGAUCUCUGCGAAAACAUCGAUCGAUUCUACAAAAGGACGAAAUGCACCAUAUCAGGUUUCACCGAUGAAGAGGUCGAGGCGAUCGAGGGUUCGGAUAAACAGACAGGGAUAGAAAAUUCCGCACAGAUGCAAAUGGACGAAGCUAAAGCAGUAGCACCGCUUACUAACUUGCCGGGUUCCGUCCAAGAUAUGCAACCAAGCAGAACCAACAAGUACCAUGUCUGAACGACAAAUGCUGCUUUCAGAUACUUCUCUCCUCUCAGUACAUCCGAACUUGUCUAAACGGAGAUAUAAAUUUUAAAGAAAUAAAGUAAAGAAAAAGAGUCGAAAGAUUCUUACAACACAUCUAAUUGCAUGUUUUCCUGUUAUUGUAUCGACGAACAUUCCUCGAUAUGUAUGAAGUUUUAAAGCAACUCUCACUUUAAAAAAAAUCGAGCAAACACAAAGAAAAUACGGCAUUAAUUGUCCCAUCAGUUACUAUCUGUAUCGUAUACGUGUAUUUACAUUUGAUCACGAUUUAAUAAUUUAAUAUUGUAUCAUGAUGACUUGCCAGAUCAAGAGGGACAUUAUGGAUUCUGCUGCAAUAUGAAGGAAUGCAACGUCGUUUUAUCAGUGAUUUGUGAAUUUGUCAAUCUUGGAGUACACGUGGCCAUCUGGAAAUGUAUAUUUACCUCUGAGUCAGCGAUUUUAGUAGAUCCGUUACGUAACAAUUGUACAUACUUAUAUUCAGACAGAGUCAACAUCAAUGAUGUUUUGUACACCGAUAGUCUCAGAUCAGUUGCUUCUGAAACUAAUGCUAAAUAUGACAGAGCUGCACCUGUUUUUAUAUGUCUUUAUUUCACUUUCUGUACCGUGUAUUGAUUGUUGACUGUACCUCUAGUACCAUGCUAAUUUUGUGGAUGUCAAAAAAUUAAACAUAUUUCCGGUAUGCAGUUUUAAA